AUGUCGCAGUCCUCGAACCGAGACGAUUUCUUCCAGACCACUGCCUCCCUCGAGGAGCAGAAGCGGAAAGAUGCUAAGGCUGGCAACACACACGGCCGCCCCGUCAAUCUGCAGAGCAAGAUUCUUGCCCUGAGAGCGGACCCGGGGGGCGCGAGGGCUGUUUUUGUGGCUCAAAGUGGCGGUACAGUACGGAGGGUGCUACUCGAGACAGGAGAAACUACGACGGUAUACAAAGGACCAACGGCACCAUUGACGAGCCUGUGCUUCAGUGAAGAUGGCAAGCUGGUGUUUGCAGGGUGUUGGGACAAAAAAGUCUGGAGCUGGGAGGUGGACUCGGGCCGUCCGAUGAAGCGGUACGAGGGCCACACAGAUUUUGUCAAGGCGGUGGUUACCGCGAGGGUCGCUGGCGAGGAAGUCUUGGUGUCUGGCGGUGCGGACGCGCAGAUUAUCAUCUUCAACAUCGCUAGCGGGCAGCGGCUAGCGGUCCACAAGGGCCAUGCGCGUGGAAUCCAAGACCUUGUUCUUGAUCCGCUUUCGCUCGAAGUCGGGGCAGCAUCGAAACCGGUCGUGGUCAGCGCGGGGAGUGAUCGGGAGAUCCGCCGCUUCGAUCUGUCCUUGGAGAGCAGCGACCAGACAGCCCUCGAGCCUCUGCUUGCCCAUGAGACUAGUGUCUACAGGCUGUUCUUCGAUGCUGAUGGGGACCUGUGGACCGCGUCCGCGGACAAGACCUCCAAGUGCCUGGUGAGGGAUGACGAAUGGAAACCCAAUCUGGUGCUGGAACAUCCGGACUUUGUACGAGACGUGGUCGUCUACGAAGCCGGCGGGUGGGUGGUGACCGCCUGCAGAGACGAGGAAGUGCGCGUCUGGAGUCGAUCGACCGGAGAGCUUUACCACACUUUCUCCGGUCACUUCGAAGAGGUCACCUCGCUUGCCUUUGUCGGUUCGACGAUCGUCAGUGCUGGGAUCGACGGAACCGUCCGCCAGUGGUCGUUGAGGCCCGACGAGCUCCGCCUCGCUGUCGAGCAAGCCAGGAAGCCCCCGGUAGAAGAGGAGAACAAGCCGGGCGACUCGUUGCUCACGGAGGAAGAAGAACGCGAGCUUGCCGAGCUUUUGGAGGACGACUAGUCUCUUAGACAACAUAUAUGU